AUGAAUUCAACAAAUCCAGCAACAGUUUUAGGUUUUGGUGAAUGGAAGCAGAUUGUAAACAAAUUCUUAUACUGUGCUAACUCUUCAAAACAAGCCGGUGGUUCAAAGAAAAUUAAAGAAGCAAACCUUCCACCGCACACUCAUACAGGAACUACAAACACAACAGGUAGUCAUUCACAUUCAAUAACAAAAAGAGGUUAUACAAAUCUUGCAGCAGGUUCGGAUAGACAGGGAAUGCAUAGAUAUGAUAUUUCAAGUGACCCAGUAGAUUCAAGCGCAGGUAUUUUCUGUGGAACCACAGGAAAUCAUUCACACACUUUCACAACAAAUCCAACAGGCUCGGGUGAAGAUUAUAUGCCACCAUUUAUGACUGUAUUUGCAUGGUAUAGAGUUCAAUGA